UUAAGAUCAUUUUUGGUGUUAGAUACACACAGUUCUUCCAGAGAUUAGAGGGCAUCGAAGAUCUGUUAAGCUUUUCCUUAUAUUUUCUAUUGCUUGUUCUUCAAGAAUCCUCUGGUCGAUCAAAUUACGAAAUCCAAACGAAAAUGGCGAGCAGGUCUGCUUCUAAAUUCAAGCGCUUCAAAGAUUUGUAUAUUAAGAUAAACAUACUUAAAAUCAGUGGAUAUUAUGAUAAAUCAUUGGAAGAAGUGACGAAGAUGCUCAAGGCGUAUCCCCAGGCUUCUACUCCCUAUUUGCUCAAGGCUUACGUUCUGUUAGAAAAGGCAAAAGAUCCUGCUGCUCUUAAGCCAGUCGCCAAAGACUCACCGCCUUCUGAGGAUCUUGCUGCUCGUAAGCCGGCCGCCAAAGACGUACCGCCGUCUGAGGAUCUUGCUUCUCUUAAGCUGGCCGCCAACGACAUACCGCCGUCUGAGGAUCUUGCUUCUCUUAAGUCGGCCACCAACGAAGGACCGCCGUCUCAGGAUCUUGCUAAAGCACGGCCAUCAUUGCAUGCCACGCCUCCGCUCUUGAAGAGAGAUUUGUUUCUGGUACAGGCUGAGCAAGCCAUUGAGGUGGCUAUCCAAUUAUCGCCCUCAUGCCUCGAAUAUGCUUUUUGCCGAGCAAGCAUAAAAAUGGCAAGCAACGCCUACUCAGAUGUCAUCCAAGAAUGUGAACGGGCUCUCUCGAUUAUUCAUCCCGUGGAUGAACAUGGUAAAAUUGUCGAUGAACUGGACGAGGCUGGUAAUUUUGUCGAGAAAGAGCACUCUCUUGCUAGGCUUAACAAUCUUAAAAAGGCAUUGAAAGAACUCAGGAGAAAGGCUAAGGAACUUUUGGCAGGUAGGGCUGUGAGAGCUGCAGGGAGGACAGAGAGGAAUGAAAGAGGUGAGAGGGGCUAUGAUAGCCAAUUUGAGGUGGUGGGAACAUCCAUUGAGAAUGAUACAGAGCAUGUCAGGGAGGGGGUGACAGGUCUUGAUGAUGUUGCCGGGACUUCAGGGGGCUGAUGACUUUUGUGGUAAAUUUCAUUUGGUAAAUCUCAGGCAGUCUUUUGAUAGUUGCUCAGCAAAAUGUAUCUGGUUUUCCUAAGUUCAAAUUUCUGUUGUGUUCGUGGGUAUAGUUGUUUCUUUCUUUUAUCAAAUGUUACUUAAACUGUCAUAGUUCUUUUUGAAUACUGUUGAGAGGGACUUGCUUCAUGCCCAAAUUAAGAACUGAGUCAUAGUUCCCCUAUUGUCAAAUGUUCUUUGUUUGUUUUGUGUUCUGGUUCUUGUUGAAUACAUUUUUUGUUGCGAGA